AAAUAAGGUCCAUAGAACAAUAACAAUUUAAAAUAUUAACAGAAUUUAAAAAAAAAUCGGAAGUGCUUAAACAUGACCCAAGACUUUCAAUCGAAACAGGACUAUGCCCGACAACUACGUUAUGCGCGAUCAAAAUUCCGACGCAUUAAUUCAUUGGAUUUAAUACCGGAAAAUCCGAGUCAAGAGGAAUCCAACGAUGACGAGGACAGUGUGGCCAUACAGUCGCCCACACUUUUAAGUCGCUCGAAUACCGGCAUCAACCAAAAACUUUUACCCAAACAACAAGAGCAACAACAAAACCAGGCACAACAUACCGCCGCCAGUCCACAAACAUUGAUGGGACGUUUCCAAAAAUUCUUAUGGUUCUGGCCAAAUCUUCUUGUGAAUAUGGUCCUUAUAUUGUUACGUUACCUACUCUACAUCCCCUUGUCCAUAGCUGCUCCCAGUUUCUGGCUAUCCGCCUUGUUAUGGGUAUUUUGGAAAAUCAUAAGAAUACCAGUGGAAUUUUUCAAAUGGGUUUGGAAUCUGGAUAACGGCAGCAAUGCGGCCCAAGGAACGGGCGGUAUGCAACAGGGCGCAGGAGUACCCAAACGUACCGUACUCAUUAGCUGUGGCAGUACCAUACAAACUCUGCACUUGGCCAGAAAUUUAUAUUCUUCAUCGGGCGCCAGAGUUGUGGUCUUUGAAUUUGAAGGACACUUUGGUUUGGCCCGCUUUUCGGCAGCCGUUGAUAAAUUUUACACCGUACCCAAGCCCACGCCACAAAAUGUCGACAGCUACAUUACGGCCUUGUGUCACAUUGUACGCAAAGAAAAGCCUUCGGUUUAUAUACCCGUGUGUGCCACAAGUCCGGCAUAUUAUGAUUCAGUGGCCAAGCCCCAUUUGGAGUUAUUGGGCUGUGCCACAUUUAUGACCGGGGUACAGGAAACCCUCAUACUGGACGAUUGUUUGCAGUUCUAUCAGAGAUGUGCCUCACAAAAUAUAGCUGUGCCACCCUAUGUUGCCCUAUCGGCGGCCCAUGAACUUUGGGAGCUAUACGAGGAGGGUUUCAUCAGUCAAUUUCGCCAUAUCCUAUUGGCAGUAUGCAUGCAAGGUGUUUUGGAGAGAUUCAAGUAUAUGCUGCCUCGCCAGUGGCGUGAUCUGCGUUUUACCCAUGAAAUCAAUGAACGCCAAAAAUGGUUGGUUGUGCGCGAUGUACCCGGUGAACAUUUUGUCACCUGCACCACCAUUAAAUCCAGCCAAGUGGCGGCCAAUGUUAGCUGUCGCGUGGACAGUGAUACCAAAAAUCUAAUACCAGCCACUGCCACAGAUGCGGAACUCAUAGAUUCGUGGCUGAAGACAUUCUUUGGCAAAGUUCGUUUUCAACGACCCAUCAACUGUCACAUCAGUUUGCGCCUCAUCAAAUGUCAAUCUACCGGGCAAUUUUUACCCCUGGGCAUACGUUUGGGUGUCUCGCUGCCGUACAUAUGCCACAAUCGAUCACAUGCCCAAAUCUUGUGUCGCACCAUGAAAUGUGUCCAUAUGAGACCAUUAAAUUUCAGCACAGCACCAGAAGAGGAUGAAAGUACGACAGCUUCCGCUUCCUCGCUGGCAUAUUUUGGCGCCCAAUGGUCUUCGGAAUCGGUGGCAUUGGACAAACGUGAAGCGUUGUUUGCCUAUUGGGAUCCCUUGCCCUAUUGUGCCUAUUAUCAUUUUCAAUUGCCAUUGGAAUCGGUUAAGAGCUUUCUCCAGAGACGUCGUAAGACAACACCCAAAGUUGUAACACCUGGCCAUCUCUCAACGUCGUUACAUUGAAGACAAGCGUUGUGGUUUUUUGAAUUAGAAGAAGAAGAAGAACCAAAUGGUCUUUUUUGGAAAUAAUGUAACGUAAGAUUAUGAUCAUGAUGAUGCUUGUUUACUCGCUCAAAGUAGGUAGUGUAAAUAGGGUUUUGUUGUGGUGUCUCCCUCUCCGUAGUUUUCCACUACCAAAUUGGUUAAUGAAAAGAAAUAUCUUUUUGAGUUAUGCCAUGUUCAGACGAAGAUUAUCUAUGUUUAUGUUAUGUCUUGUCAAAAACGCUGUGAGACAAAAAAGUGGGAAAGGAAGCUCAAAGUGACUUAGCAUGUCCCAAGAAUUCACUCGGCCACAAGAUGUAGCCGUGGUAAAAUUAAGAAAGUAAAAUCAGUUCAGAUAAGACUUUUCAUCCCUGCAUUUUCUAUAACGUACCUUGUCAAAAUUUAUUGAAUAAACAACAGGUUCCCAUGCCUGAUUUCUGUGUAUACAAUGGAUUUAUAAAUGUAAAGUUUGACAAUGAGAUGAGAUGAGAAAAAUUAUAAACAUAUGAUUGCAUGACUUUACCUUCUUAAUUCUACCAUGGAUGUAGUUUUUUCUUUCUAUAUAUUUAUUAAAUAUUUUUAUAGAUUGGUACUUAGUCCAAUAUAGAUCACAAUUAAUUUGACAUAAAGCAUAUGAAAACAUUCGUCAAAUAGGUAAAUAAAUUAUAACGGUAAAUGGAUCUAGUGUAAACGUCUGGAGUUUCACAAACAAAAUCGUUGAAAUUGAAAUGUCAAUCAAUUGAAAAUAUCAAUUUAUUUUGACAAUUGAAAUUAUCAAUUUAUUUUGACAAUCGAAAUGAUGUGGUUUAUGAAAUUAUAGUCUGUAAGCAUGUUUACAUGUAAUAAGUCCAGCGUAUUUUAAUUGUCAAUUUUAUUGCAUAUACGUCACAUGUCAAAUCUAGUGGAUUCUUUGACGUUUAAAUUUAUUGGAUUUACAAUAUGCCAAGAGCGUUUAUUACAAAUAAACAACGUGUAUACAUAAACACGUGUUUUCUAUAACCAAUGUGUCAUGUGAUAAAUGUCAUAUGUUUGACGUAAAAUUCAUGAAAUUGACAAUCUAAACAGUGCAUUGUUUUUAAUACUUUCGGUGUAAAUAAGGCUUAGGGUAAUAAUAAGUAAACAGCAUGAAGUCUUCGCAUGACAUAUUUUGUGACAUAUCAUAGCGGGAUGCCAAAGCAACGAGAAUGCUGCCGUCGUUACAUUUUUUAAUAACAAUUUUUACAAACUUGAAUAAUUUUUUAUUCAAAGUUUUCUAUUUCAAAAUUGCUGGUUGCAAAUGAUUGCAAGAAGAGAUUUGUCCGCCAACUUUCAAAAUGUCUCUACAGAUAUUUUCGAUUAACAGAAAACUUCCAGUAACAAUUUUCAAUAAUUGUUACAAAUUUUAAGGAAUCCAGACACACCUAUUAUUUACAAUUUCCAUUUAAUUUGUUUAAUUGCAUUUUCCGUCUCUGGAAACCAACAUAUUAUAUUUAAUUAAUAUUUAUAUUUGUCCUGUCAAUUAUUUAAACUACCUACGUUCAGACACCAAAAUUGCGCUCUUUGCAAGUUUCGGAACAUAGAAUUACUUCCCUAGCGAGUUUCUUAAGGUGGAAAUACAUAAAGCACUUAUUUGGCUGGCUUAAGUCAUCGACUGGCUUCUUCGUAGAGGAACAAAAGAGUUUUAGGUUGACUUAGUUCGAUUUUGGCCCUAGGCUCCUUUGCUCAUUUCGGAAUAAGCCAGCCAUAUAAGCGCUUUAUGUAUUCCCACCAUUAGGGUGGGGGGCAUAAGCAGCUUGUCAUCUUGGCUAGGCAUAUUAAUAUCAAAUUAUAGGGGUAAACGACGGCAAUACAUGAGGCGGCUCUAACAUCCCUUUAUUAUAUGUCACAAAUUUUACCAGGCCGAGAUGCCAAGCUGCUUAUGUAUUAUUUCUCACUAUGUUUUGACCAUGCUAGAAUAAAGAAGGCAAAGUCUUGCAAUCAUGUGUUCACAUUUUUUUUAAAAUUAUUCAUUUGACAACAUCUUAUUGUCAAAACUUAUAUUUACAAAUCUUUUGUAUACAUACAUGUCAGAGAUGGGAACCUGUUUUCUUUGCAGUAAAAUUUGACAAGGUAAAUUACAGAAAAUGCAGAGAUGGAUAUGCUUAUUUGAAAUGACUUUACCUUCGUAAUUUUACCAUGUUUUUGACCUAGCCGCCUCUAAAUAUGCCAAAAAUGUUGGUUUAAUUUUGUAAUAUAAGAUAAUUGCAGGGUAAAAUCCGCUUUUGUAGCCACAUUGUGGUCUAUUCUUAGUAGAACGGAGUUUUUGGAGGUGUUAACACUAUUCUCUAGAAAUACAAACUUUCCAUCUCAGUGUAAGAAAUGACCAUUUUAAUUAAUAAUAAGUUAUUUUUCAAUAUUUUCUCGCAAUGUCUUUAGACCAGCACUCCUCAAAACCGCGUGCCAGCACAUAAGUCCAAAAAAGAGACAAAAUAAAAAAUAUAUAUAUUUUCUUUACAUUUAUCCAUGUUUUUUGACACGAAUCAAAGACUGGUUUGGGCUUGAUUUUAGAUGGUAAUUUUGUUUCGCAGCAGACUUGUUAAAAGUAAAUAAUAAGCAUCCAUAAUUCUCAGACUUUAAAACUUUCCAUCCCCGACCAUCAUCAUGAGUGAUGAAAAAUAACAGUAAUUUGAAAAGAGUGCUUCAAAAAGAAAAUCCAAUUUAAGUGGGAGACAAAGAUCAAUGGAGUGGGCGAGAGAGAGACACCAACUACAAAGAUAAUACGCGAGGAUGACACGCACAGUGAGAGAGAAUUAUACAGACUGAUAUUUGUUUUGAUUGUUUUUGCAUUUUGUUGUUGCCAAUAUGGUCGGUCGUUGUGACAUUACAGAAAACUACUUGUAAGCAAACGAACAGCCCUCGUCCUACGCCGCAAUAACAAUAUACUUACAUAUGUGUGUGUGUGGGUGGAUGUAGGUGAUGAUUAAGUGAUUAAACGAUUAUUUUUUUUGAUUAAGUUAAACUAUUGUUAAGUUAGUUUUAAGUUAAUAUUAUCUAUUUUAUUUACGCACCAAAUAAAUCUGUUCAUUUUAAAGAAUA